ACUGUUCCACCCCACAUCUGUUUAUCCAUUUUGUUUACAUAGGCACUUUUAAAUUUUAAAGUUUCUGUAACUUAUUUAUUUAUGACAAGUUGAACUAUUAUACGUGGUUUUUCGGAUAAAACAUUACUUGUCAAAUUGGAAAUUUCUGCUUGGAUCUAACGAAGGUAACAUAGUCGCUGAAACAAUCGUCAUCCACCCUUAAGGAGGUUAAGGAAUCACUAGACAAAUUCAAGACCGCUUGGAGUAAAGUUUUAUGAAGUAAUCAAACCUAGAGGACGGAUUCAAAUGACUCACUGAAACUUCAGAAUAACACAGUUUUCUUCAACCGACCAACAUCAGCUUAGAUUCCCAAGUUUCUGAGAAAGAAUCCAAGACCAGCAUGGACACAGACAAAACAUUCCCGUCAGACGAUCACAACGUCACUCUUACCAUCCGUCUAAUCAUGCAAGGAAAGGAAGUUGGAAGCAUUAUCGGCAAGAAAGGAGAGAUUGUGAAAAGAUUCCGGGAAGAGUCUGGAGCCAAAAUAAACAUAUCUGAUGGAUCAUGCCCAGAGAGAAUCGUCACAGUUACUGGACACACAAAUGCAAUUUUUAAGGCGUUUACUCUCAUCUGCAAGAAAUUUGAGGAGUUCCAGGAGUUGCAGAAUGGUGGGGGAGGUGGAGGGGGCCCCCGACCCCCGAUCACUCUGCGACUGAUUGUUCCCGCCUCCCAGUGUGGCUCUCUGAUUGGCAAAGGAGGUUCCAAGAUUAAGGAGAUCCGAGAAGUGACUGGAGCCAGCAUCCAGGUGGCUUCUGACAUGUUGCCGAACAGCACAGAAAGAGCUGUCACUAUCACGGGAACUAGCGAUGCUAUAACCCAAUGCAUCUUCCACAUUUGUUGUGUCAUGCUUGAGUCUCCACCAAAGGGUGCGACCAUUCCGUACCGCCCCAAGCCCCCGGUUGCUGGACCCGUGAUCCUCGCAGGAGGUCAAGCUUAUACCAUCCAAGGGAACUACGCAGUACCUGCACACGGGGACGUAAGUAGCCCCUGUCUUCCUCUGGGGCCCCUGUACCCCCCGGCGGGGCUCUGCGACCCUCUGCUCAAGAACGGACACUUGCAGGCCGCUCUGCCUCCGCAGCAUCUGGCCGCAGCAGUUGAAAUUACCAAGAUGGGGGGAGGACCAUUGGCGGGAUUGGCAGCCUUGGGGCUCGGAGGUCUCAACUCUGCAAACACUGGUCUCAACCCUGCAGCAGCAUUGGCCGCUCUAGCUGGAAGUCAGCUGAGAACCAACAAUCCCAACCGGAAUCAGCAGAACAGCAACCAGCAGACCCAUGAGAUGACCGUGCCUAACGACCUCAUUGGCUGCAUCAUUGGCAAGGGAGGCACCAAGAUUGCUGAGAUCAGGCAAAUAAGUGGUGCAAUGAUUCGUAUCAGCAACUGCGAGGAACGAGACGGUGGGGCCACAGACAGAACCAUCACAAUCACUGGGAAUCCAGACGCUGUGGCCCUGGCGCAAUACCUCAUCAACAUGAGGAUAUCGAUGGAGACAGCUGGAAUGCCGAUGCCGGGCUACCACUACAUCGCUCCGAACCACAUCGUCAAGGCUCCCAUCCACUAAUGCCAUCUACACUUCAGCUCCAGCAUUACACAGACCGGAUACAUGAAUCAAAAGAGGGGAGAAAACCAAAGACCUGUUUGUUACUUUUUAUAUUAAAUUAUUAUAGUUUUGUGUUGGACUAUUAUUAAUAUUUAUUUUAUAUUAUCGAUACAUUAAUUUCGUUUGUUAUUGUAUCUGUCAUCUAUUUUUUAUGUAGAUUUGUGAUUUUUUGUUAGUUAUCUAAUAGGAUAUAUUAUGCAAAGAUAAUUGUUACGUUGUCUAAAUAAUUGUGAUCCGAAAGAAAAGUUUCAGUAUCGAUUCGUAUGUACUCGUAGAAUAUGCAUUUUCUCUUAAAGAAAUUUUCAAUGUGCAAUAAUAACUCGGUUUUCUUCUACGUUGAUGUUGGAUAGAGUAGUAGCCCUGAGCAAUUUAUGUUUACCAGAGGGUAUAUUUAUGUAAAUAGCAAAGGAAUCUGUUAGAUUUUUUUGAUUGCCAUAAAGACAUUAAUUUAAACUUACAUUAUUUUGUCUUCCUUUGUAAAUAAUCGUCCUAAGAACUCAUACCGUACGACCGGAUUUUUUAAAUGGAUUUUUGUAUAUUUAACAAGCGAUACAGGGGUGGACGGUUGUACAAAGAUACUUCUAUACGAGAACGCGGAUCGACUGUAUAAGAACUUAUUUUACUAGUGGUAUAUCGGUGACCCUAACGGUAUCGUAAGAAUCUCGGAUUAAUGGUUAAUAUACUUGUGAUAAAAUUGUAUUUUAAGUAAUACUCCUUAAGUUAUAUAUUCUUAGAUAUAUGCUUCCGAUCUAGAUAAAAUUUAAAUACAAUAAUAUAUGUGCCAAAUUUAUUUAUGCUGUUUAAUCGCGAUCUAUUUCAAUUUUGUAAUUCAUGUGCCAAAUUUUAUCCAGAAAUUUCGUCAAGAUUUGUUAAUACUUCGUACUUAAUCGUUCUUCUCGCAAUUAUUUCUGUAAAUAUUCUUACUGUAACCUUAUAUAUCUGUUAUCAAAUAUUGUAGUCUACCUCCCGUAUUUUGUUUUUGAAACCGACAGGAAAGAUUUUUUUGAUCUCUAUAAUAUCGGUUAGGGAAAAAAGAAAGACUCUUAAGUUUACUUUGAAUUAGACAAUCAAUAGAAUUAGAAUAUCAGUGUUUGUGUUAGAAAUUUGUGUAACUUGAAAUUCUUAGCGUGUGAGGCACGACAGGAUCAAUAAUAUGAUGUGAUAAACAUUUCUUAUCACGGGCAUUAGUACCGACUGUACUGUACAUAGGUUAGCUAGAUCUCUCUGCAUGUUAUAUACGCUCGUGCUCAGUGGCUUGGCUGACAAGGCUGUGAUGAGGUUGUCUGGUAAACAAACAAAUACAGUGUUUUAUGUUCAACAACAUAUCGAGUCAAAGACUUAAACACAGGUGUUUAAGUGAGGGAUUCUGAAUACCGAAGUAUACAUUUAUUUUUGAUAAUUGUCGUUUAUAUUAAUAGUUACAUGUCAUAAUUCAUCACUUCACGUAGAACAAAGACAAUCAGCAACAUCUCUAUGUGUCAGAUAACACAUUUUACGUAGUUUCAAAUUCUGAAUCGCAUUGCUUAUGUUCAUAAAGUUUCUAUUUUUGAAAGUAACUCUCUCAAGGGAAGAGUGAGACUGUUUGUAUUUGAAAAAUAAAUAUUCUGGGUUGCAUUUGUUAAGCUUAAGGGUAACAUGUACAAUUCCUGAAACAAAGCCCUGUUUUGUGCAACAAAAUAAAAGACACUUAUUUCACCAUCUAAAUCUGCUAACAGUUUAAAUACAAGCUUUCUUUCUUAAAUGUGUUGGAAAUAAAAUACGUUGAGAAUGACUAAAUGUCGACCAAGCCCUGAGCACGCGGCCUUAUUCGCACUGUAACGUUGUAUAUAUGUGUUCGCACUACACGUAUAUAUAUAAAUAUUCCCCUCCCCUACCCUGCGAAAUGAUGGUGCGGCCACGAUACCUUUGAGCAAGCUUUAAUGUACAAUCCUGAGCAGCUAUUUUUUGUCAUUUUUGCUAAAAUGUGAGUUUUUUGACUCGCUUAUAUUGGAAGUUGAUUGAUGUAAAUUCCUGUUGAUAAUAUUUUUAAUUCGACCAUCAUAGAGUUAAAUUUCAUGAAUCAUGUUUACUUAUUUCCCGGUUCCUUUUUAAUUUUGUAAACAAAAAUGUAUAUUUUAAAUAAUCAAUCAACUUUUGAUAUGUUGAAAGUUAUUCUAAAUUACACCACCAACCCAAAUCACAACAGAAACACACACCUGACAAUGUUCACCAAUAUCUAUCUAUCUAGACCAAUUUUAUCUAGUUUCAAGCAGCUUUCUCUUGAAUUACCUCAUAAUUGAGCUAGUUGUUUUUUGAAUGCAAAUUAACAUUCUUUGUAUAUUGUUUUUUACGUACUGUAUCUUUAGAAUACAUAUGUACGUUUUACUCGAUUAUUUUGUUUUUAUCGAUAUAUAUUUUUUUACUGAAUUUUUUUAGUAGUUUUUGUAGCACGUCAUGCGGUUCUUUUGCUUCCCGUUACCGUAUUUGUACUCGUUUUACUCAUAUUUUGCUACAUGCCUUCUAAACAACAGGGUCUCCAGAUGACAAAACAUAAGUAAUUAGUUAUUAUAUAUAAGAUCACUAGGACCGUGUCUUUCAACGUCGUUUGUUGCAAUUGCUUUGUGCAAUAAUUUAUUAUUCGAAUAAAAAUAUGAUCGGCACCAGCAGAUCAGGUUGGAAUAGUAAAGACAUUAUGACUGAUUUAUUUGUUAUUUAUUGAAAUUAAAUUUUACUAGUCAUACUGGGUAAGGUAUAUAUAUAAAUAGGGGAAUAUAUGGGAGGGGAGAGUUCUAUGUAAUGCAGUUUAUUGUUUUGUUUAUUGAUGUAGUAAUGUGAAGGCUUUCUUUAUUAGGUCUGCCAAAAGUUAUUCGAGUUAAGUAUUGUAUCAAGUAUUAUUGUUAGAAGCUUAUUGGUCAUGUAUUAACAGUCAUGGUGUUACAACUGUAGUCUAAUGACUUCUAUUAGUGUUUCAAAUCUGGUCAAUUGUUUGAGACAGGUGUCACAGUAUUCAAAUGAAUCAAUUGAUUUCACAUAACAUGAAUAGAGAUGAGAUGUUUAUAUCGUAUAACGGUAGUUUCAUACUUGGAAUUUAUUAUACAAAACACUUGUUGACCAGAUUUGAAAAUUCCCAGCCCUUAAACCAUAUCAGAUGAUUAACCCGUAACAUAUCUGCGUCAAGCUCCCUUUAUACCAUCCCUCACACAUAUCCUCUACAUAUCACCCCCCCCCCUCCUCCUAGUUCACCUUAACAUAUCUCUUAGGCAUAAGUUAUGUUAUGCUUUUAUGUAGUAUUAAAAUACAUUAUUGUUAUUGUUUAUAUAGUUCAUGUGUUAGUGAACUCGAUAAGGUUUGUCUUUGAAUUAUUAUUCCUUUGAAAGGAAGUUCUUACUUAACCAUAUCCUUAGGAAUAAGUGUAACACCAUGAUAUCGGAGUCUAAGCCGAAAUCCAAAAGAGAAUUGAAAAUCUUGGGGAACACUCUUAAAGUAAUAUAGUUUUCGAAUUUAAAUGUUUAUAAAUUUGAUAAUGUUUGUAUCAAUAUGUUUCCCUCGUUAGUUAUCCAUAAUGCAAAGGGGCAAUAAGUAAAUUUAUAUGAAUAUUUAAAAGACAAAGGUUUAUUUUGUAUUUAAUAAUUUGUGUAUUGUUAGUAGCACAGAUAUCUCCAUAAACUUUAAGUUACGUUAGAUUAUACUAUAAUAAUACUAAGAAACGAUUGUACUGUUUUUUAGCCUUAUUUGGUUAAAUAAAAGUGUGUAUAUUU